AUGGAUGCUUCACAACAAAUAGUCAAACAAUUACCACCAAUAGAUCUUAAAUCUUUAUUUGAUAUAAUUCAAAUUGAUUCAAAUACAUAUAAAGGAGUCCAAGUAUUAGCAAAACCAAAUGAAUCUGAUAGAGGAGCAUAUGGUGGUAAUAUAGCAGGUGCAGUAGUUGCAGUAGCUAUACGGAGUUCACCAGCCAAUUUUGUUCCUCAUUCAUUACAUUCAUUUUUUAUAAAAGCAGUAAGUGAUGAAAUCCCAGUUAUUUGGAAAGUUGAAACUAUAUCAAGUGGAAGAACAUUUGUAAAUAAAUUUAUAAAAGGUUAUCAAAAUAAUCAAAUUGUAUAUACUGCUAAUAUAUCAUUAACUACUAAGAAUUCAACAUCAAAAACAUCACAUAGAAAUAAUAGUAAAAUCAAUUAUCACACACCAUUAAAAGGUGAACCAGAAGUUCCUAUAAAUGAAGCUCCAACAGUAUUUAAAAUGCCAUCAUUAUUUACAUUUCAAAAAUUAUCACCAUACGCACGAGAAGAUACAAGUGCAUCAUAUGUAUUAAGUUUUGGAAUAUCUAAUGAUUCAAAAUUUAAUCAACCUUUAACCAACCAUGAAAUAAGAGAAUUUAAAUACGCAGGAAUAACAACAUUAACAGAUUGGAUAGUUUUAGAAAUAUUAUUACCAAGAUUAGAUAUAGAUAUAAGACCAAGAUUUCAAGCAUCAAUAGAUCAUAAUGUAUAUUAUCAUGAUGAUGAUUUUAAAUUAAAUCAAUUUAUCACUUAUGUAUUACAAUUAAAAUGGAUUGGAAAUGAUAGAGCUGUUAUCAAAGGUGAUAUAUAUACUGAAGAUAAAAGACAAAUUAUAAGUAUAUUACAAGAAAGAUUAUUUAUAACUAGUAUUAAAUUGUAA